CACUCCCGCCCGUUCCACCUCAGCCGGAAGGAACCAAAUAUUCGGCAUGAGUAGUCGGCCAAGAUAGCGUCGCCCUUCCUUGUAGCUUCUUUCUUGUCCGAGGUUCAGGCUCCUUCUCUGAGCUGCAGCAUUCUCAUGGCGAUCCCACCCCUCGCUGAGAGCAUACUGCAGCAGCUGAAAGAUGGCAUCGCUCAAUUUGAGCUCCUACCAUCACCCGCAGCUUCAGUCUCGACCCCGGAUUGGCCUCUCCUCUGCUCGGGAAGCAAUAAUCAUCGAUUCUUCGCCAGAAUCGGACCGUCACUUGGUGGAAGAUCACCUGCGAUGAAGAAAGUUGAGCAUUACUCGGUUCAGAAAGUCACCGGAGAUGGCCGCUGCCUUUUCCGUGCUCUGGUCAAAGGGAUGGCCUUAAAUAAAGGUGUCUCUCUUAGUCCACGGGAAGAGAGGGAUGAUGCUGAUGAAUUACGAAUGGCUGUGAAAGAAAUAAUCUGCGACAGUGAAGAAGAUCGCCGCCAGUAUGAAGAAGCAUUGGUUGCUAUUACUGUUGAUGAGUCUUUGAAACGCUACUGCCAACGGAUCAAAAAACCUGACUUUUGGGGAGGAGAGUCAGAGCUACUGGUAAUGUCGAGAUUAAUUCAGCAGCCAAUCAUUGUCUAUAUUCCAGAAGAUGAGCACUCAAGGGGUGGGAGGGGCUUGGGAUUCAUACCCAUCGCGGAGUAUGGAUCUGAGUUUCGGAAGGGCUUGAGAAAAGGGAAAAAGAAACAAGUCGUGAAGCUUCUCUAUAGCGGUAGGAAUCACUACGAUCUGCUUGUCUGAUUGUCGAGCCAGUUAUAACCAGAGAAAUGCAGGGGGCAGAUCCUUCUUUCAGAUCCGAGAAAAACCAAGCCUUUCUUUUUCUAUGUAACCUAGUCCAUUGCUAUUUCGGGAGGAACAGAUCUUACUGCUUACUUUAAUCCAGAAAUGUGGCCGAAGCAGUUUGAUUUUCUCGCUUACACAUAUAGCAACGUCUCUUUGUUGUUGCUCAUCUACUUCUUUUCGAAUGUAAAGCAAUUUGACGGACUUGUUUAGUCCUCAAAUUCGACUCAUCAGUCUCCCGACGAGUUUUAUUAUUCGACAAUUAUUGGAGAGAGAUCUUGUAAAA